AUGGAUGAUAACAUAUCUCAACCUGGAAUUGAUAUUCCAAGUGUUCAUAGUCCAGACCACCAGACUAGAAAGAAAAUUUUACAUACUAUUUCAGGAUUGGGAUUUAACUUAAAUAACAUAAUCGGUGCUGGAAUUUUUAUAAUUCCUAGUAGCGUAUGGAGACUAACACAAUCACCAGGAUCCGCCUUAAUACUUUGGAUUGUUGGUGGACUUAUAAGUUUAUUUGGUAGCAUGAUUUAUGUUGAGUUGGGAACUAGGUUUUCUGAUGGAUCAGGAGAACAAAGAUAUCUUGAAGAAACAUUUGGUGAUUUGACUAAUUUUGGACACAUAUUCAGUUUUAUCAUUAUAACUGGAAUCCUCCCCGGAAUGAUACUAGCUGACGCCUAUGCCUGCUCUGAAUCCAUUCUUUAUGCUAUUAAAGGAUAUGAUGUAAUAGAAAGUCAAGAUCUUAGUGAAAACUUUUUUAUGUUACGUCUUACUACUGUCGGUAUUCUACUGAUUAUCACAUCGUAUCAUGCAUUUUCGAAUCAACUAGCAAUUAACAUUAAUAAAAUAAUUGCUUUAAUUAAAUUUCUUGCUUUGUCUGUUAUUUCAAUAAUCGGAUUGAUAAAAUAUCGAGGAAUGGAUAUGUUUAAUAAUACACCAUCGGAAGAUUCAUAUCAGAGAUCUAUUGUAGAGCAAAUUGGAGGCUACGGCAAUGCGAUAUUAAAGCAAAAAAAUUUGAAAAUUUCAAAUAUUCUUAGUGUGUUAAUUUCUACUAUACUUUAUUGUCUAACUGUCUUUGCUUUUGAAAUGGUAGUCGAUCCUAAAGACGCUAUUAAUUCUAAUGAGAUUAUCUCUAUACAUUUUGGACGAACUCUUUUGGGUGAACCAGGGAAAAUUCUUAUUUUAAUACUCAUCGCAUUUUCCUCUUUUGGAUGUGUGGGUUCAUUAGUCUUUGUUGAGUCUCGCGUUAUAACUUAUUUAGCAAAAACUGGAUUUACACCAAAAAUUUUUAAAUUUUUUUAUAAUUGGCAUAAAAAAUUUGAAACACCAUUUAAUGCAUU